AUGGCGCCCCCAGUCACUCAGCAGCGUCGGCUGAUGGCGCUCCUCUCUGCAUGUUUCCUCUGCGCCACUUUAGCCCAAGGCGCCAGUGAGCCCUUCCUCUCUCUCCCCGAGCCGUCCCUGGUGAACGCGUUCCUGCUCGCCACGCCUCCAACUGGACCAACCCGGCGCUCGGUGAACAAACCCGGGCAGUACCCCUCCAGCAUAUUCAUCACUUUGUUUUUGUCUCUCCAGGUAAUUAAGUGCGCGUCCCUGACACCGGGACCCAGCUACGACUUUUACCAGGUGCAAGUUCCCGGUUAUAACGCCUGCGAGGCACCCCCCCCAAGAAUCUAUAACACGCACCACCAGAGCGCCUCAGUGUGGGACCAUAAGGGGCUGGCUCUAGUGGACUUUCUCAGCCUCACAAUCUGGAGCUCCGUAUUGGCAUUCAUUGUAGUGUUCCUCGUGGUGUUAUGCUGCCAAGGGCCAGACGGAAGAAACCUGGUUCUGCGCCUGUGUCAAACCAGCGUGCUUAACUUCUACGUUGGUCACUUUGACACCAGUUGCCCGCAAUUGUGGGAGCCAUACGGCGGGAGGUCACCUGCAGGGGAGUCAGGAUGGCAGGAUCCGGUUGGGGAGCCCAAAGGAUUUUGUGUCUACUUGAAUGUGGCUUUUGGGGAGUCGAUCUUGAUCAUCGUCACCGCACUUCUGAUUGGAACAGUCUAUCUGGUCUGGGUGACCCUAUGUUGGCUGAGUGAGAAAGCAGCCGUAGCACCUGAGGAGGAAGAUUCAGAAGCGAGCGGCGAUGAUGUUGAAUAA